GUUGCACAACGCCAUCUUUAAACCCCACAAGAGGCCAGCUACAGUUGUACACCGGGAUGAAAAACACUAUCCCUCUACAGCGGGAUAUAAGUUCAGAUCGUGGACAUGGUGUGAUCUUUCCCCGGUUGAGUCAUCUAUAAAGAUCUGCUCGAUGGGACUGUGAAGGAGAAGGUCACAGGAUACAGUGAGAGCCCUUAAAGUGUUGUUAUCACAGACAGACAACAACAAUAGACGGAAAGACAACAACAACGGACUAGCUCGCUAGCUCGCCCGCUAGCAUCUUGCCAACCGCUGCGCUGUUUUCAAACGCUAACUGAAAGCUAGCUAACGUGAGCUAACUUAAUCUGCAAAUCUAUCCGUUUGCGCUGACAUUUAAACCGGGCGUUGCUCGUAGCUGGUACUGGGUAUCAAGCUACAUCAACCAAGGCAGACAGCCAUUCCUUGCCCACAUUUAAAAAACCCAUUUCUACUGACAUUUGUGUUGUGGCUUUAGCUAGCUAAAAAAAGAGCUAAGUCCCGACUUCUCCCCCUCCCCAGCGGCCCGGCCGGAGAUGCGUGGAAGAUGUCGGUGUCGGGGCUGAAGGCCGAACUGAAGUUUUUGGAGUCCAUUUUUGAUCCAAAUCACGAACGUUUCAGGAUCAUUGACUGGAAGCCUGAUGAGCUGAGCUGCCAGUUUAAUGUGACUGGGGAAAAACUGUUAAUAAUCCACUGUAAUAUAACGGAAUCUUAUCCAUCUACGCCGCCAAUAUGGUUCGUGGACUCUGACGACCCGAGCUUGGCGCAAGUUUUGGAGAGGUUGGAAGAUGUGAGAAAAGGCAGCACCCUGCUUUUGCAGCAGUUGAAGAAACUCAUAUGUGACCUCUGUCGGCUGUACAACCUUCCCCAACAUCCAGAUGUGGAGAUGCUGGACCAGCCCCUGCCUGCGGGGCCCGUGGCUCCAGACCGAAAGCAUGGGACAGAAGAGGUCACAUCUGAAGAAGAAGAGGAAGAAGAGAUGGGAGAGGACAUAGAGGAUCUGGACCACUAUGAGAUGAAAGAGGAGGAGCCUGUGGAUGGGAAGAAAUCUGAGGACGAUGGCAUCGAGAAGGAGAAUCUGGCCAUCCUGGAGAAGAUCCGAAAGAACCAGAGGCAGGACCACUUAAACGGAGCGGUGUCUGGAUCUGUGCAAGCGUCUGACCGUCUGAUGAAGGAGCUCAGAGAGAUCUACAGGUCUCAGAGUUACAAGACAGGCAUCUAUUCAGUGGAGCUUGUUAACGACAGCCUGUAUGAAUGGCACGUCAAACUAAGGACAGUGGAUCCAGAUAGCCCCUUACACAGUGAUUUACAAGUCCUAAAGGAAAAGGAAGGAAUGGAUUACAUUUUACUGAACUUCUCAUAUAAAGAUAACUUCCCUUUUGACCCACCGUUUGUCCGAGUGGUCUCGCCUGUGCUGUCCGGAGGGUAUGUUCUUGGAGGAGGUGCCCUGUGCAUGGAGCUUCUCACCAAACAGGGUUGGAGCAGUGCCUAUUCCAUUGAGUCUGUCAUCAUGCAGAUCAAUGCCACUUUAGUCAAAGGAAAAGCCAGAGUGCAGUUUGGAGCCAAUAAAAACCAGUACAAUCUUUCCAGAGCACAGAACAUUUGA